UCAGUCACUAAUUCACAACCUCAAGCAAAGGCAAAGAGGCAUGGCAAAGGUGGUGGUGUUGCAGCAGGCAACGAGGCAGCCUCCCAUCUCCCUCCUCUCUUCCUCCCUCUCCCACUUCAAUGGCACCAAACUCUUCCAAAUCCAGUACAAAAGAAAGGUGUAUCAGCCAAAGGGUGCAUUGCAUGUUGCAGCAUCCAGCACCAAGAAGAUCCUUAUAAUGGGGGGCACUCGCUUCAUCGGUGUUUUUUUGUCUAGACUCCUAGUGAAAGAGGGUCAUCAGGUCACUUUGUUCACUAGAGGUAAAGCACCGGUCACACAACAAUUGCCUGGUGAAUCAGACAGCGACUACUCUGAUUUUAAAUCCAAGAUCUUGCAUCUGAAAGGAGAUAGACAGGACUUCGAGUUCGUGAAAUCGAGUCUUUCUGCCGAAGGCUUUGAUGUGGUGUACGACAUUAAUGGACGAGAGGCGGUUGAAGUCGAACCGAUAUUGGAUGCACUCCCAAAUCUGCAACAGUUCAUAUACUGCUCCUCAGCUGGUGUUUACCUCAAAUCUGAUAUUUUACCACAUUGUGAGGUUGAUGCAGUCGAUCCAAAGAGUAGGCACAAGGGAAAGCUUAAUACCGAGAGCUUACUCGAGAAGAGGGGUGUCAACUGGACAUCUUUGAGGCCAGUCUACAUUUACGGACCUUUGAAUUAUAAUCCGGUUGAAGAAUGGUUCUUCCACCGUUUGAAAGCCGGCCGCCCUAUUCCGAUUCCAAACUCCGGAGUGCAAACAACCCAACUCGGUCAUGUAAAGGACUUGGCAACGGCUUUCGUCCGGGUUCUCGGUAAUGAAAAAGCCAGCAAGCAAGUGUUCAAUAUUUCAGGAGAGAAAUACGUGACUUUCGACGGAUUAGCGAAAGCUUGUGCCAAGGCUGGUGGAUUUCCAGAACCCGAGAUCGUUCACUACAACCCGAAGGAGUUAGACUUCGGUAAAAAGAAGGCAUUCCCAUUCAGAGAUCAGCAUUUCUUUGCAUCAGUUGAGAAAGCAAAGCAUGUGCUGGGACUGAAACCGGAAUUCGACCUGGUGGAAGGACUCACAGACUCUUAUAACCUCGAUUUCGGAAGGGGAACAUUCAGGAAGGAGGCCGAUUUUUCAACUGAUGACAUGAUUCUGAACAAAAGUUUUGCUCUUCAGUCGUAGGCAAUUCGUCUCGUCAUCACAUUUUAAAUUUUUCGUCGCUUCGAGUCAAGUCAGCAUAUAUAAUGAUUAAGAAGAAUGUUUCAAUCUAAUGGUCAUAUAAGCAACAUUCACUGUUCUUUAAUCAAUCUGGAAUGUGGAAUUGUAGCCAUGCACAUGCAAUAGCACCAA